AUGUCGCUUCUCUCGGUGAGGCGGACAUGGCUCUCGCCAGGACGGCAUCACCAGUUCAGCUCCACGGCGGCGGCGAGGGCCGACUUCACUCAUGCGGUCAUAGGCGGCGGCGUCGUCGGGCUCGCCAUCGCGCGCCAGCUCUCCCGGCGACCGGACACGACGACGCUCCUCGUCGAGCGGCACGGGGCCGUGGGCACGGAAACGAGCUCGCGCAACAGCGAGGUGGUGCACGCGGGCAUCUACUACGGCGCGCGGAGCCUCAAGGCGCGCCUGUGCGUGCGCGGGCGCCAGCUGCUCUACGGGCUGUGCGAGCGGCACGGCGUCGGGCACGCCCGCGUCGGCAAGUGGAUCGUGGCGCAGACCGAGGCCCAGCGCGAGGCGAUCGCGCGUAUCCACGCCCUGUGCCGCGACGAGCUGGGCGUGCCCACCAGGUGGGUGGAGAGGGCCGAGGUGGCGCGCAGGGGGGAGGGGGUGCGUGCCGAGGCCGGGGCGCUCGAGAGUCCCGAGACGGGCAUUGUUGAUGCCCAUGGGUUGAUGGUGUGUCUGCAGGGCCUGUUUGAGGAGGCCGGCGGCGUCGUGGCCCUCAACUCGGCCGUCGAGGGCGUCACGCCCCUCGGGUCCAGUCCGCCCGGCAGCGCGGGCUGGCAGCUCCACGUCCGCGACGCCUCGACGGGCCGCCUCUCCACCGUCACGGCCGAGACGCUGAUCAACGCCGCCGGCCUCGGCGCCGUCGCCGUCCACAACAUGAUCGCGCCGCCGCCGCGGCACCGGACCCUGUACUUCGCCAAGGGCACCUACUUCUCCUACACGUCGUCGCCGCGCCUCCGCGUCUCGCGCCUCAUCUACCCGGCCCCGGAGCCCGGCGCCGCCGGCCUCGGCACCCACUUGACCCGAGACCUGGCCGGGUGCGUGCGCUUCGGCCCGGACGUCGAGUGGGUCGACCGGCCCGACGACCUGGCCGCCAGCGCCGACCGCCUCGCCCAGGCCGCCGGCGAGAUCAGAAAGUACCUCCCGGCCGUCGACGAGGCGUGUCUGAGCCCGGACUACGCCGGCGUCAGGCCCAAGCUGAGCUACAGGGGCGCCGGGGUCUCCGGCCGCGGCUUCAACGACUUCGUCAUCACCAAGGAGGAGGGCUACGAGGGAUGGGUCAACUUGCUCGGCAUCGAGAGCCCGGGCCUGACCAGCUGCCUCGCCAUUGCCGAGAGGGUCGAGCAGCUAUUGCAUGCUAGCGUCAGCGGCUGA